AUGAGUUUCGACGCUGCUCGCGCAAUCUUCAACACAGUUGAUAUCAACCGUGAUGGUACCAUUGAUCGUCAGGAAUUCCAGCAAUUUGUCGGUGGUGCUGGUGGUGUUGGAGGUGGAUGGAGUAGUGCUGGUGGUUAUGGAGCUGGAUGGGGUGGAUCAUCGAGUUAUGAGCUCGGCGGUGCUGGAUAUGGUGCGGGCCUUGGUUUAAUUGGCGGUGGCUCAUCAGUCUAUGAAACUUCUGGAUUAUACGGUAGCGGUGCAUACGGAGCUGGACUUGUUGGUGCUGGUUAUGGUGGUGCUGGUUAUGGUGGUGCAUCUUCAUAUGAUUUUUCAUCACUUGAUUCAUCAGCAGCCUAUGGUGCUGGUGCUGGUGCUGCUAAUGUUACUGUUCUUGGUGGUGGAGGCCUUGGAUAUGAUUCUGGUGCAGCAUAUUCUACUGCUGUGCACACAUAUCCAACUGACGCUCAAGGUCUCUACCAAGAUCCUAACCCACAAAUCAUCCGUCGUCCAGCUGCUGGUGGUGUACAAACCUAUUUACAAAACAUUAGACUUCGAUUCCUCCAACCACCACCAGUUCCACCUCCAGGCCCACUCAUCAUUAGAGAAGUGCGCCCACCUCAACCACCACUUCCACCACCCCUUCGCAUUCGUCAACAAGCUCCUCCUCUUCCAAUACCUCCUCCACUCGUUCUUCGUGAACGUCCACCACAACCACCACCAGUGAUUGCUUCACAAACUGUCAUUCGUCGUUUACCAGGUUUACCUGUUCCACCACGAUCGGUCAUCAUCGAACGUUUACCACCUCUUCCACCUCGUCCUCGUGACAUCAUCAUCGAACGAUGGGUUCCAUAUGGACCACAAGCUAGACGUCGUACAAUUGUACAACGUGCACCACCUGCUCUACCAUAUCCUCGUCCACGUAAUGUUAUCAUUCAAUACGAACCCGCUCCAGUACGCAUUGUUCGUCAAUUCCAACGACUUGGUGUUGUUCAAGCUAAUCCAGCAGCUUAUGUUCAACAAUAUGGUUUUCACCUUCUUGAUGGUGCUUCACUUCUUGCACAAGCUCGUGCUGCUGGUGUUGUCGAAGAUAUCUCACCUCCAGCUGGUGCUGUUGUUGGCUACAGUGCAGCAGCCUAUGGUCAAGACCUUGGUGCUUUUAGCUCAUCAGCAGGCUGGGAAGGCGGACACUUAUUAGAUGCUGGUUUGGCUGGUGGAAGUUCAAUCUACGAUUCAUCAAGCUACUCAUUAGGUAGUGGUGGAUAUGGUGGAUCCUUAUCAUAUGGUGGUGGAUAUGGUGGAGGAUAUGGUGGAGGAUAUGGUGCUGGAUGGAGUGCUGGAUAUGGUGGUGGAUAUGGUGGUGGAUAUGAAGCAUCAUCAUCAUCAUACGAAGGCGUUGGUGGUGUCGAUGUUGCUAGUGCUGCCUUCAAUGCUGUUGAUACCAAUCGUGAUGGAUUGAUUGAUCGUUCUGAAUUCAGUCGCUUCUUCCAACAAGGUUUAUAA